CAGUCGUGUUCUCGUCGGUGUUCGUGACGUUCACUUGACGGGUGACGUGCACGCACACGCUUGUAUAAAGACGCCAGUGGUGGUCGCUUGGCGGUACUUGGCGAGCUAUUGGUCAGUUGGAGUUAACGUGAAGCGUUCUCUCAGUUCAUACUAGAACGACGAGUUGAAUUGUGCGACUUCGACGGCAACAUGGGGCCGGUGAACCCAGACCUUCGACGAGAGCGUGAAAGAUGCAGCUUCGACCCUAUGGAGCUCACGCACUUCUGGGACGGCAGUCACGAGAAGACAUUGCAGCGACGUGAACGAGAGAACUUCUUCCUCAGUGACCCGGUGUUGCGCGACGAGAUACCGGCGAAGUAUAAGAGUCACAAGGAGAUCUACGAAGAAGCGAUAAUGAAAGGAUGUAGAGUGAUCGAGAAGGUGCAACAGCUGCAAGAAUCGGGAAAAGGCGGCAUGGAUGUUUUCUCACAAAUUUUAGGAGGCAUGUUAGGCUCGGCAAUACUGAAAGACGGAAACCCAUUAACAUUGCACUAUGUGAUGUUCAUACCGGCUAUCAUGGGACAGGGCACCGUUGAACAGCAAGGCUACUGGAUAUCCCGUGCUUGGAGUUGCAACAUCAUUGGUACUUAUGCACAGACGGAGCUCGGUCAUGGCACGUUCAUUAGAGGUCUAGAGACUACGGCGACUUACGAUCCGGGGACCAAAGAGUUCGUAUUGAACAGCCCCACUUUGACGUCGUACAAAUGGUGGCCCGGUGGUUUGGGUCAAACAGCAAAUUAUGCGGUAGUGGUGGCGCAGUUGUAUACAAAGGGAGAAUGCAGAGGCAUACAUCCAUUCGUUGUGCAGCUCAGGGAUGAGAAUACUCACGAGCCUUUACCAGGUAUUAAGAUCGGUGAAAUCGGCACCAAGUUAGGAAUGAACGCUACCAACAAUGGCUUUCUCGGUUUCGACAACGUCAGAAUACCGCGCGAGAAUAUGCUGAUGAAGAACUCCCAGGUACUCGAAGACGGUACGUACGUGAAAGCGCCCAGCGACAAACUCACAUAUGGUACGAUGAUGUUUGUGCGCGUGUUACUGGUGCGCGACAUCGCCAGCUACUUGUCGAAGGCGGUAACGAUAGCGAUUAGAUACAGCGCUGUGAGGCGACAGAGCCAAAUAAAACCCGAUGAGCCGGAGCCGCAAAUUAUGGAUUAUGUGACACAACAAUACAAACUGUUCCCCAAUCUUGCUGCGUGCUACGCGUUCCGGAUUUCGGCUGACUGGAUCUGGGAGAUGUACAACAAUGUUACGGCCGAGUUGGAUCAGGGAGAACUGGAAAGACUUCCUGAGUUACACGCUUUGGCGUGCUGCUUGAAGGCCGUCGCGUCGUCAGACGCGGCUACUGGCAUCGAGCAAUUGCGGCUGGCAUGUGGUGGCCACGGUUACAUGGAUGCGAGCAACCUGCCAGCGACUUACGGUUUAGUGACCGCCACUUGCACUUACGAAGGUGAAAACACGGUUUUGCUGUUGCAAACUGCCCGUUAUCUAGUGAAAGCUUGGAAGCAGGCCGUCAGCGGUCAACGAUUGCCGCUGACUGUGGAGUAUCUGGGCGUCCUCUCGCGCAGAAUGAAGUUACACCCUUGGAAUAAUACGUUGGCGUGUAUUGUGACUGCGCAUCAAGCGGUCGCUGCUGGCAAGAUUCGUCUGGCGACGGAGAACAUGGAUCGCAGAAUACGUAGCGGCGUAUCGCCGGAGGACGCAUGGAAUCAGACCAGCAUUGAAUUGGCGCACUGCGCCGAUUCCCAUUGUCGAGCUUUCAUAGUAAUGCGAUUCGUCGAAACUGCCAGGAACUUGACAUCCUUGUCCAAGGAAUGUCAUCAGGUUUUUAUGCAGCUAUGUGAAUUGUACUCGAUAUACUGGGUCCUACAGCGACUCGGUGACUUUCUGCGAUUUUCCUGUCUGAAUAUUGAAGACGUACCAGUAUUGCAGGCGCGCUUCGAGGAGAUGCUCGCCGCGAUCCGUCCAAACGCCGUCGGUAUCGUUGAUGGAUUUGAUAUUCGAGACGAGAUCCUUGCGUCCGCGCUUGGCGCGUACGACGGCAAUGUGUACGAGCGUCUCUUCGAUGAGGCGAUGAAGAGCCCGUUGAAUCAGGAGAACGUGAACCAAUCCUUCCACAAAUACCUCAAGCCUUUUCUUAAGAGUAAUUUAUAAUAUCGCGUUUACGUAAGAUAGCCAAUCGUACACGCACACACAACACACUUGAGCAAAAGAGGAUUAUAUUUUAUAUAUAAUUAUUUUACAUAUAUAAUUAUAUAAAAUUAUAUGUAAUUAAAUAUGAUCACUUUUUCUUCAACAUACAUUUACACAUAGCAAAAAGAUAAAAGUUGCUUGUGAAAUAUUCUUUGUUUAUAUGGAAAUUUAUACUAUAAAACGCAGGGAAGAAUUAUUUGCAUAGUUUGCAAUAUAUUUCGCACGAUCCCUAACGAUUAUGUCGAGACGUGUGCGAACUACAUAAACAUUUCCAAAUUAUAAUUGCGUUUCAACUGGAGUUAUAAAUCCGGAAUAAGAAUAAAACUUCAAGUGCGCACCGGUUCGUGAUUAUUUUACAGCAUGACGCCAAUCAUUCCCGCAAAAUAUAUCAUUGCCAUUUUAGUCACGCGUUGUCCAUGGAAUUAUUAUUAUACGCCGAGAUGCAAUUUUCUACAACGUCAUUUUAACGCGCGUGUGAGGAAUCUACGGUGAGGAAUGUCCCGUUUGUUCGUUUCCAUUAGACGGCAUUCGAGGUAGCAUUGUGCGAGGUGCCCGAUCUCGUUGCGCACAAAAUACUUUGCGCGUCUUCACAGAAAAGGGCUAAUAUAUUUUCGAUAGCGUUUUAUAAAGUGUAUUAUAUAAAACGAUAUAUAUAAAAACGGGAGAGAAAGAAGGCGAGCACGAAAUUUUACGAAGUGACGAAAUUGCCGUCGAAUGCGACAGAGCGGGAGGAACUUCCGUGAAUUCGUUCGUUGUCUUCUGCAGCGCUGAAUACAGUCUUCGAAUUUUGUAUUUGCUGCUUUGUAUUUUACCUGUGUGUGUGUCGCGCGUGCACAUAUACACAUACCUACGGUGAUGUAUCCCGAGGGCGCUAUCGUGCUAUGUAAAAUCGAGAUGUAAGAUUUAGUACGAAUAAAGCCAGAUAAUCAUCUUCCCUCGUUA